CCUACCUCACAAACCAGCGCGUCAUUGAACUUCGCGAUUCAUGAGACUGAAGUGUUGAAGUUUGUCCGAGAUCGGAUAUAAGAUGAGAAACGGGUGGUUUAUUGAAAGUGUUUAUGUUUGAUAAAGUUUACCGGUAACCGCCAGAGUUUUAAACAUCUGCGGCGGCUGUCUUUACGCGCUUCUCGUCGUUUAAACUGAGAUGUCAAUGGCUUGAAUUUCCCUGAACCUUACAGUUUACAAGUUACUCAAUUUCAAGUAAGCGUGGAGCAUGUGGGCCAGUUGCUGCGGCUGGCUCUGCCUGGAUGAUCCCACAGUGGAGGAAACCAGAAAUAGCUCUCAUCGCCAGGCCUUCACCAACUCGGGCUUCAGCAGUACCCCAUCUCCCACCGCACCAGAACACGUGUGCAAGGCAUGCGGAGGUCGAUUUGACAGCCUUGCCAGGAAGCACAUGUGCAUGGACUGCAAGAAAAAUUACUGCAGCCGGUGCUCCGCUCAGCAAGAACUCCAGCCAUGGCUUUGCCACACCUGUCAGCGGUUCCACGGCAUCCUGUUUGAGCGAGCGGCGCUGAUGAAGUUCAAAGUAAAAGACCUGAGAGACUACCUCCACUUGCACGGGGUGCCUACGCAGAUGUGCCGGGAGAAAGAGGAGCUGGUCGAGCUGGUUCUUGGCCAGCAUACGCCCACGUCCGAGAUGCACAUUCCUUCCCCUACAAGUAUACACUUAGAUCAACAGGAGACCGCUGAUAUUCCGGUCAUAACAACGAGCCCACCAGGGAACAAUGGUACAACAGAAUUGGGACCCCAGGAUCAAGCGACAGAAGAUGAACGGAGCUUGUCGAUGGCAGAGGCGACAGCUGAAAGUGACAUGGACGCAGAGCUGCAGGUGGAGCAGGAGCUGCAGUCAUCAGACUCAGAGGAGGUGUUGGCCCCUGGGCGGCGGGCGUCCCUGUCAGACCUCACGUCAGCGGAGGAUAUCGAGGCUCUGAGCGUCCGGCAGUUAAAAGAGAUUCUGGCGAGGAACUUUGUCGACUACAAAGGCUGCUGUGAGAAGUGGGAACUGAUGGAGAGAGUCACACGCCUUUACCACGACCAAAAAGACCUGCAACACAUAUUGUCUAACGCCAUGGAAGGCAUAGACGCAGGGUCUGGGAUUCCCGGUGAGGAGAACCUUUGUAAGAUCUGUAUGGACUCACCCAUUGACUGUGUUCUUUUGGAGUGCGGACACAUGGUCACAUGCACCAAAUGCGGCAAGCGCAUGAGCGAAUGCCCCAUCUGCCGGCAGUAUGUGGUGCGAGCAGUGCACGUGUUCAGGUCCUGAACAAAGCUCGUCCUGAGACCACCAGCGCCCCACCGUAUCUCAGCCCUUCCCUUGAACAAUGGAAGGAAAUGUUUUUUUUUUACAGUAGAAACUGAAACUUGGUCUUGAAUUCUUGCACAUUUAUCUUGUGGCACUUUAAACGAUCGUGAGAAGAUGCUCCAAGCUUUAAGCAAUACAUCUACUGCUUUCAUUUUCUUUAAUUCAAGUAACUUUCCAAAGUGUGCCUUCUUUUACACGCGGGAUGUCACGUUUGUCGACCAUGCAGAUGGCACAAAUAUCCAUUUCUGACAGCGUUUCAGAGGAGGAGGAUUGUAUUGAAGACACUUGAAGGUAUGCAAGUGAACCUGCAUAUCAUAAUUUUCUUCAUAUUUUUUAUGGGAACAACUCGAAUGUGAUCUAUCAAAACCAAACUAUCUGAAACUAUAUGUACUAAUGGGAAUCAGACUUGUCACACAAGUCUUACAUCUGUUGAUUCAUCUCAAAUAAGCAACUGCAAAUAGAAGUUGAAACUGCUGACAGAUCUUAAAUCUGAUUCGUAUCGCGUGAGAAACUGCAAAUAGCCUCAACUAAAGUCGAGUCACUUUUGAUCAAAAUGAUUCUCAUAGCUAAUUUGCACUCGUUUUUAUGUCAGUAACCACCAUUAUGCCUUCAUUACCAUGUUGUGAGGAUUAUUUAACCGAGUCAGCUAAUCUAAAUGAUUCCUCUUUGUUUAAGCUGUUAAGCUAAAAGUCUUUGUUCAGGUCAUAUAAAGACCAUUAAGAUUGAUCUAUUGGUUUGUCAAGAAAAAUUGUCAUGGUGCAGUUUUGCAAAUGUUUCCCCUCAUUCUCGACUAAGGUGAAAACUCAAAAUAAAAUUGUUCAUCCAUAAUGAUUUUAAUAAACAUUAGGUUUUAUUUACUGGAAAAUUCAGAAUUUUAAAGAGUCUGGAAGUCCAGUCAGACCCAAUUUCUAAGCUUUCUAAUAUUGUUAAGGAGUCCCCAAAAACAGGUUUAAAUGCAUGCAAUGUCAAUUUCUCAAAAUAUAAAUGUAAUAUUAGUUCAUUUCUCAGAGAUCUCAAAACGAUUUACUCAUUCACAGAUUCAGUCUGCCCAAACCCCGCCUUUCGGUAGCCUACUCUGCAGAAAAACAAUUACAACUGUGUCAGUUGACCAAUCAGAGCAAAGUAAACAAUAGCUCAAAAUGCAUUGACCUAGUGCUAUCGUGACUUACUGAUAAGACAUCAUAGUUUAAAAACGAAUCAUUACACAUUAAUCCAAAUAAUAAGAACAAACAGACAAUAACAUUUUUUACAUUCCUAUAAUCACGGAUGUAAGCGAACCAAGCCCUAGCAAAACAGUAAACAAUGGUGCAACUGCACCAAGGGUUAACCGAGUGCUAGCAUGACUUACUGAUGAGACAUUACAGUAAACUAGACAUUCAGAACAUUUUUGUUGAAAAUAAAUCCAUAACGUCAUAAUCAUACCUACAGGUUGUGGUUAGAUGCAGCAUAUCGGAUCCAAAUAAAGUGGGUACUAUACUAUCAUCUUUUAUGACCAAUCGUUAAGCAAAUCCCACCUUGAACUCACAGAGAUUGGAGAAGCAAUCAUCAGUAAAAUGACGGGAAUAUAACAAAAGGGUUUUAUUGUAACGUUACUGCUGUGGUAUUGUGGGAAAAUGAAUUUUGACUACUAAACAACACAAACUUGCCUUUACAGCUCGAAACACAAUGUCAUCUCAACAUGAUGUAAACAUACCAGCUAGUGGAAGUGUCUGUGGGCAGGUCUGGGUUUUUGUUUCUCACGGGAAAGAGAUUAUGCAAAGUGUUGCCUUCAUACAUAGACGGAGAUUCAAAACAUAAUUUGAAUCGUUAAAGCGAUUCAGAUGCAUCUCCCUGCUUUAGAAGCCAAUAACUUUAUUUAUCGUAAACUUUUUGGGUUAACAACUUUGCACACGUCUUACAUUGAUGGAUAGCUAAAAAACACUGCAAUACAGACCAUUUUCAAUACUGGAUCUGACUGGCACUCCCAACUUUUUCUUUCUAUUCUGUGAAAUAUAAUUUAUUCUUCUUCACCUUUUGGUUUUCAUGAGAUGACUCCUUUACAAUUUUCAUUUGACUAUCAUUGCCACCUUUCCCAACGUUGAUAAUUCUUGCAGGCGGUCACCUCACAUUGUAAGGCAUGCACGCGUGCUGCAUUGGUGGAGAGAAGCCUCUCUGGUAUGGCCGUCAUUUAAAGUGUCAGCCUGACCGGCAUCGAACCACACAAUGUAGCUCUCCAUAUAGCAUUCAGGACUCAAAUCGUGCCGCUAGUAAGCACUUUGAAGGGGCUUGUGGUAGAUCUCCUGCUGGAAUUAGAUCAGCAGCACUUUAACGGAGGAAAUAUCAGGUGAACGUUUCUUAACACUCAUGCUGUGAGUAUCUGUGGUGCCUUGGAGAUCGUAGGACAAGUGAAAACCUGCUACCGAAGUGCCUCCCUUCCCUUAAGGCGCAGCAAUUUAGUUAACAUUGACUAGCUCCGGACUAUACUUAGAGAGCGGGGUAUGUGCGUACAGGAAGACAUGAAAACAUGACCAUACU